AUGGACAAAGGAGUGACUCCUAGCCUCUUUGUUAAUGAUGGUUCAUUCAUGGAAAGGUUCAAACAACUUCAACAAGAGAAGGAGAAAGAUAAGGGUCCUACAGCAGACGAGUCUACACCAAGUAAAGUUGUAUCAGGGAGUUUGACUCCUAACCUUACCACUGGUAAAACCAGUGCUGAACUGAAGCCUAAUGAUACACGCAAGGCCACAGCUGCUGCUUCAGGUGGCAAACUUGCGUUCAGCUUGAAACAGAAGUCAAAGGUUGUGGCACCUCCUGUUAAGUUAGGUGCAGAUGAGGAUGAAGAUGAAGCAGAUGCUGCAAAUUUUUCAGCCGAUGCACCAACAAAACGACAAAAGUUGGGUCAGCCAGAUGCCUCAGAGGAAUCACCCGGACAAGUGGAUGUUGCACCACCUUCCCCAAAUGAUUCAACAGUGAAGAUAGUUGCUGACAAACUAGCAAGUUUUGUGGCUAGACAUGGAAGGAAAUUUGAGCAUAUUACACGUCAAAGAAAUCCAGGAGAUACCCCUUUCAAAUUUUUAUUUGACGAGAGCUGUGCUGAUUACAAAUAUUAUGAGUAUCAGCUUGCCAUUGAAGAGAAAGUCCUGCAACAGACCAGCGAUUCUCAAACAUCUCGUAAUGGAGGUACAAACACGUCCGCUUCCAAAUCCACAAGUAGUUCCCAAAGGUCUACUUUGAAGCAUCCAAAUUAUCAAACUCCUGCCUCUGCUUUAUAUGACGCCACUGAGGGAAGGACAGGUGAGCUCACUGCGCCAACAGGUGCAGAUCCUAUUGCCAUGAUGGAGUACUACGUGAAAAAGGCUGCUCAGGAAGAGAGAAAGAGACAACCUAAACAGUCGAAAGAUGAAAUGCCCCCACCUGCUUCUCUUCAAGCACCUUCUCUUAAAAAAGGUCAUCACAUGGGUGAUUACAUCCCACAAGAAGAGCUGGAGAAGUUUAUGGCCGCUUGUAAUGAUGCAGCUUCACAGAAAGCUGCCAAAGAAGCUGCAGAUAGGGCAAAAAUCCAGGCGGAUAAUGUGGGUCAUAAACUUUUGUCUAAAAUGGGUUGGAAAGAAGGUGAGGGUCUGGGGAGCUCUAGAAGAGGAAUUUCGGAUCCAAUAAUGGCUGGUAAUGUGAAGAAAGACAAUCUGGGGGUUGGUGCUCAACAACCCGGAGAAGUGACUCCUGAAGAUGAUAUAUAUGAGCAGUAUAAGAAGCGGAUGAUGCUUGGUUACCGAUACAGACCCAAUCCUCUGAACAAUCCACGGAAGGCAUAUUACUAA